UAAGCAAAGACACAGCAACCAGCGUUGAAAUCGUGCGCGGAUAUCAGUUAAGAGGUAUUUGUUUUAAGAAGCUUCUUCAGCUCAAGCGUGUCAAGCUAUGGCGCCGUCAGUUCUUAUCUGGAGAUUGGAAAGAUUCUUAUUAUGUACAAAAGAGAAAGAAAUUAUUAUUUGAAGUAACAUAUCAGGAAACGAAAGAAGAAGCAGAAGGAGAAAGAAAGGAAACAAACUAACAAACAAACGAAUGAGAUGAGAACACCAUCAAUUGGGAGCAGCAGCUCUAGACGAUCAAAUUACAGUAGGAGAUUCGACGUACAAGACGAUUUGCAGCAUUCCGGCGAGUAUGGCCUGGGAGGGGCAAUGCUGCCAAUCUUCCUCAAUGAUCUCAGCAGAAACAAUGACGACGAUUAUGUGCAAGUGACGUUGGAGCUUGAAGAUGACUCCAUCGUCGUACGCAGUGUUACUCCGACAAAAAGAGCCGAUCCAACUGGAUUCAAUGGAAUUGAUGGUCUCCUAAGCCGGAGCUUAUCUGCUACAUCUAAGAUUCGCCGGAAAUUUCCGUGGCUGAGGUCUUCGUCGUCGCGAACACGAACAUCAUCGUCGGAGCCCGACGAGCUCACGAUCUCUGCUCGGGAUGCCAGGAAAAUCAAAACUAAGCUCGAAAGGACGAGAUCCAGUGCUCAACGAGCGCUUAAGGGUCUUAGAUUCAUCAGUAAAACCACCACAACAGAGGAUGCUAAUGAACUCUGGCGUAUUGUCGAAUCACGGUUCGAGCUGCUGGCCAAAGAUGGUUUCCUCUCCAGAGAAGAUUUCUGCGAAUGUAUAGGAAUGAACGACUCCAAGGAGUUCGCGGUAGGGAUUUUUGACGCAUUAGCGAGACGGAGAUGUCAAAAGAUAACGAGAAUUACGAAAGAAGAACUUCACGAGUUCUGGCUGCAGAUAUCGGACCAUAGCUUUGACGCCCGCCUCCAGAUUUUCUUCGACAUGGCGGACAGAAAUGAAGAUGGCCGAAUCACAAGAGAAGAAGUCCAGGAAUUGAUAAUGCUCAGUGCUUCUGCAAACAAGCUUGCCAAACUGAAAGAACAAGCAGAAGAAUACGCCUCACUGAUAAUGGAAGAACUAGACCCAGAAGACCUGGGCUAUAUCGAGUUGUGGCAGUUGGAAGGGUUGUUGCUGCAAAAAGAAAACUACAUGAACUACAGCAGACCACUGAGCGCGACGAGCAUGGGAUGGAGUCAGAGCCUGAGCGUGAAUAUGAACAUGGGAAUGGGGGAAUCAUUCAAGCCCAAAAACCUGUUGCGCGUGUUAGGAGGGAAGUUACCGGGUCUGGUCUUGGAGAACUGGCAGAGAGCUUGGAUCCUGGGGCUCUGGGGUUUGGUCAUGGCUUCCCUCUUCAUGUGGAAGUUCGUGCAGUACCGGAACAAGGAUGCCUUCCAUGUGAUGGGUUACUGCUUGACCACCGCCAAGGGCGCCGCAGAAACCCUCAAGCUCAACAUGGCUCUCAUCUUGCUUCCUGUCUGUCGCAACACUCUUACGUGGCUUCGCUCCACCAGUGCUAGGUUGUUUGUUCCUUUCGACGACAACAUCAAUUUCCACAAGAUUAUUGCGACAGCAAUAGCGAUAGGAAUAGUUGUGCAUGCCGGGACCCAUCUGGCAUGCGAUUUCCCGCGUAUCGUGAAUUCAAAAGCAGAGAAGUUCAUGCUGAUAUCGUCGGAUUUCAAUGACAAGAGGCCGACGUACAGGGAGCUUGUGAAGGGCGCAGAAGGUGUGACAGGGUUCGCCAUGGUGGUCCUCAUGAUCAUCUCUUUCACACUGGCCACCCGCCGCUUCCGCAAGAACGUUGUGAGGCUCCCACCACCUUUCAACCGAUUGACGGGCUUCAACGCUUUCUGGUAUUCCCAUCACCUUUUCGCUCUCGUCUACGCCGUCCUCCUCGCCCACGGCUACUUCUUAUUCCUCGAACACAAGUGGUACCUCAAAACGACCUGGAUGUACAUCUCUAUCCCGCUGUUGCUCUACAUUUGUGAACGAAUUCUACGAACAUUUCGAUCAAAAAGUUACUCGGUUAAGAUCUUAAAGGUUUCAUUACUACCGGGAAAUGUACUGAGCAUAGUGAUGUCGAAGCCCCAUGGGUUUAGGUAUAGAAGUGGGCAGUACAUAUUUCUACAAUGCCCAACAAUCUCCCCAUUUGAGUGGCACCCAUUUUCCAUUACUUCAGCACCUGAUGACAACUACAUUAGUGUUCAUAUCCGUAGCGUAGGAGAUUGGACACAAGAGCUGAAACGGGUAUUCACCGAAACUAGUACUUGUGGCUCAUCCCCACGAUCAGUAAUCGGCAGAGCCAAAUUUGGUCAAGUUGGAAUUAAAGAAAAGAGCAGUUUACCAAAAUUAUUCGUGGAUGGACCGUACGGAGCUCCAGCACAAGACUACAGAAACUAUGACGUGCUACUCCUUGUUGGGCUUGGAAUUGGAGCCACACCUUUUAUUAGCAUCCUCAGAGAUUUACUCAACAAUAUACGCACAGCAGAAGAACAACAAAAUGAUUCAAACACGGAGACGACAUGUAGAUCUGAAGAGAGCAGUAAUCACGGAUCCAUGACUCCUUCUACGUCCACACCUCAUGGGAGGAAGAGAACGCAAAGGACGACAAACGCUCAUUUCUACUGGGUUACAAGGGAAUCUGGUUCCUUCGAAUGGUUUAAAGGAGUUAUGAACGAGGUCGCCGAAAUGGAUCAAAAGGGUGUGAUCGAGUUGCACAACUAUCUCACCAGCGUCUAUGAAGAAGGGGAUGCCAGGUCCACCCUGCUUACCAUGGUACAAGCUUUGAACCAUGCCAAACACGGCGUCGACAUCCUCUCUGGCACCCGGGUUAGAACACAUUUCGCGCGGCCGAAUUGGAAACACGUGUUCAAAAAAAUAGCUUCAAAGCACCCGUGUGCCACUGUUGGAGUAUUCUACUGUGGGAUGCCAGUACUAGCAAAGGAGCUAAAGAAGUUAUCACGUGAACUAACACAAAAAACAUCCACACGGUUCGAGUUCCACAAGGAGUAUUUCUGAAGAAUGUCGAUCAAUGGGACACACCACACGUACCCUCAUCAGACACGUCUUUACUUUUUUGUGUAAAUGAAAAUAUGAUAGAAAGG